AUGGCCGACAUGAAAACCGGCAUCUUCGCCAAAAAUGUCCAGAAACGCCUAAACCGCGCCCAGGAGAAGGUACUUCAAAAGCUAGGAAAAGCAGAUGAAACAAAAGAUGAACAGUUUGAGGAAUAUGUUCAAAAUUUCAAACGGCAAGAGGCAGAGGGUUCCAGGCUCCAGAGAGAACUAAGAGGAUAUUUAGCAGCCAUCAAAGGGAUGCAAGAUGCCUCAAAGAAGCUUACAGAGUCUCUUCAUGAAGUGUACGAGCCAGAUUGGUAUGGUCGAGAAGAUGUGAAAAUGAUUGGUGAGAAAUGUGAUGAACUUUGGGAAGACUUCCAUCAAAAGCUGGUGGAUGGGUCAUUGUUGACCUUGGAUACAUACCUAGGACAAUUUCCUGAUAUCAAAAAUCGUAUUGCAAAACGAAGCAGAAAGCUGGUAGACUACGACAGUGCAAGGCAUCACCUAGAAGCCCUGCAGAGCUCAAAAAGAAAAGAUGAAGGCAGAAUUACCAAGGCAGAAGAGGAGUUUCAAAAAGCACAGAAAGUGUUUGAAGAGUUUAACACUGAUUUACAAGAAGAGUUGCCAUCUCUGUGGUCACGACGAGUUGGCUUUUACGUGAACACCUUCAAAAAUGUGUCCAGCCUCGAAGCCAAGUUUCACAAGGAAAUAGCUUUACUAUGUCACAAACUAUAUGAAGUGAUGACGAAGCUGGGAGAUCAGCAUGCGGACAAGGCCUUCACUAUUCAAGGGGCACCAAGUGACUCAGGUCCACUCCGCUUUGCAAAAACACCAUCACCACCAGAAGAGGCCUCUCCCCUGCCCAGCCCUACUGCUAGUCCCAAUCAUAUGCUGGCACCAGCAUCUCCAGCACCAGCCCGGCCUAAGUCACCCACACAGCUGAGGAAAGGUCCGCCAGUCCCACCGCUGCCUAAGCUCACGCCCACGAAGGAAUUGCAACAGGAGAACAUUAUUAACUUCUUUGAUGACAACUUUGUCCCAGAAAUCAACGUAACAACCCCAUCACAGAAUGAAGUUCCUGAAGCUAAGAAAGAAGAAUCUUUGCUAGAUCUGGACUUCGACCCUUUCAAGCCAGACGUUGUAUCAACAGGAGCCACUCAUUCACCCAUGUCUCAGACAUUGCCAUGGGAUCUAUGGACGACAAGCAGCGAAUUGGUGCAGCCGGCAUCCGGCACAGCAUUUAAUGGAUUUGCACAGGAUACUUCUGCAUUUACAGUGCAAUCAACUGAGAAUGUGACAGAGCCUUUGACUGAGGCUGAAGAAGCUCCACCUGGGGAACCCACAGUCGAGGAAACCCCUGCUGCUGCAGUUUUGGAAAAGGAGGCCAUCCCUGCUGAGUCUGCUGAGCCACCAGAGCAGGCUGUGGACAGUGUCGAGGCAGGGGAUAAGGAGACAACUGGAGUUGCUGAGAAAGAGAGCGAGGUACAUAAGAAAAGCCUCAAGUCUGUAGGUGAUAGAACUACUUCAGCAGACGACAGUGUAGCUGUGGCAGCAGGAGCUGGUGAUGGUGCUGCCACCACUGAGCAGGAGGGUGUUGCUGGAGGUGACAAACCUCAGGAAGAAGAUAAGGAAGCUGAUGUCUCUCAGGAAAAGAUCAGCAGCAUCCCAUCUGUAGUAAUAGAGCCAGCAUCAAACCACGAGGGGGAGGGAGAAGAGCAUGAAGGCAUCAUGGAUGAGUCCAAAGUUGUUGCAGCAGAAGUGGGUGCUCAGGGCACUGACACUUCACCCAAUGGAACUUCUCAAGUUGCAACUGACCCAAAGCCUGCUGAAGAAAUGCAGGCAGCGCCUUCUCAAGAACAUCCUGUUCCAGCAGAAGACACAGCUUCUGCAAUGCCACCUGGCUUUCUCUAUAAGGUUGAAGUUCUACAUGACUUUGAGGCAGCUAACAGUGAUGAGCUUAAUCUACAACGAGGAGAUAUUGUACUAGUAAUUCCUUCUGAGACCACAGCUGAUCAGGAGGCUGGCUGGUUGACAGGUAUCAAGGAAUCCGAGUGGCUUCAGUACAGAGAUGCAAAUAGUUACAAAGGACUUUUCCCAGAGAACUUCACACGCCACCUGGAGUAGUUCUCCACUCAGGCAGAUCAACGUAGU